AUGUCGCUGUCAUUGAAGCAAACUUUAAAAAACCAAUUUUCACCCGACUUCAUCUCCUCCUCCUCAGGCUGCGGCUUGCAGAUCACACAGUUGCGUGGUUGGGGACUGUAUGAUAUAUCUUUGAAAAAAAGAGCUUCUGUUGUGCAUUGUGUGGAAGUUGAUUGCUCAUCUGGAGACUCGGAUAACCUUAUGGAAGUUGGCUCCCAAAAACGGUUAAGAUCUGGAUCCUAUGGUGCUUCUUUCUCUAAAGCAUGCCGGGAGAAAUUGCAGAGGAAUAGGCUCAAUGAGAGGUAUGCUAUCAUAAAAGUUCUUGGAAUUAGUUUCUGUCCUGGAUCCUGGAAGGCUUCCCAAACAGACAAGGGUGCUAUAUUGACUGAUGCCGUUCGAGCGCUGACCCAGUUACAAAGUGAAUCCAAGAAGCUGAAAGAGACCAUUGAGUCUUUGCAAGCAAAUAUUAAAGAAUUGAAGGCUGAGAAGAGUGAACUUCGAGAUGAGAAGCGGAGGCAAAGGGUAGAAGGAGAGAAGUUGGAGCAGCAAGUCAUAGCCAUGAGUACACAAAAUGGCAUUCUACCUCAUUCUCCCGCUAUCUCUACUGCAUUCGCAGUUUGA